AUGACUGCCAUCCGUUAUUUUCAUCUCUGGUUUUUUACUUUCUUAUCUAUUCAUCAUGUGAAUGGUCUUUUCACACCGGAUACAAAUGAUUAUAAUGCUUAUGGAUCAAAGAUUGCCAUGAAUGAACAUUUUUUUGUAUUAGCACAAAAUAAUCAACCAUCACCGACAUUUUUCAUUCAAUUUGCCCCUUAUAAUGAUACUAAAACAUUAUCAUCAGCACAAUGUUCAAUCAAUUAUCUAAAUAAUAAUUCUAUUUUUAUUUAUACUGUUGCUAUUGGGAAAAAACAAAAUCAAAGUCAAAUACAUUUUUUCUUUGCUGGUGAACUAGUUAAUGAUCAAAGUGGAAUAUUCAUUGGUAUGGUAACAUAUAAUAAUUCGAAUCGGACUGCCAGUAAUACCUAUAAUACCAUAUCAUCCUCAUGUAAUACAAGUUUUACUUAUUCACUUCACUAUCUUUACAAUUAUGGCCAUCAAGAAUAUCAUAUAGUUGGCAUUGACCCUCAAGGUGUUCGUGCUUAUGGAUUUUCCAAUGAAUUUAUUUUAAUAUUUGAUUCACAAAAUACAUCUAGUUUGGAUUCGUGGAAUGGUAGUUUAACAUGGCCACAUGAUUCAUUUAUACCACAUGCUGUUGAUAUAAGUGAUAAUUUUGGUGUCAUAGCGGGAUUUUUCCAUAAUGCAACAAAUCCAACAGCAAAAUAUAGCCCAAUGAUUUAUCUUAUGAAUUUCAAUUCAUCAAAUCAUCAUCCAAUUACUGUUGAUCAAUAUCAACCUAUUGCUACUCCAGGUACAUGGCAAAAUCUAUUGAUAAAUGAAGAUGCAGAUAUUUAUUCAGCUAAAUAUGAUAUGUCUGUUAGUAUUGAUAAACAAGGAAAUGUGUUAGUUGGAAUGCAAUUUAUCAAUCGAGUAUUCUUUUUUUCUGUUAAUAUAACAAAUCCAAUUCGUUUAAAUUAUAUUAGUCGAUUUACAAAUGGUAGAUCAUUAGGAAAUGGGAAAAGUGUUGCUUGGUUAAAUAAUGGGAUAGCUGCUAUAUUAAUCAAUGUUUAUUCAUUAAAUUAUGUGUGGUUAUCAUCACAAAUCUUUUUCUUUGAUAUUUAUGGAAGUGGAUAUAAUUCGAAUAGUAGUCCGUUAUCAGCUUUCCCAAAUAAUUAUCAAUUAUUACCGUCAAGUUUUAGUUCUAUAUUCUUAAAUAUCAUUUCGUCAUCAUCAUCACUUGCGUUACUUGAUAGUAAAGGAAACAUAUUAAUCUUUAGUGCAACACAACCUGGAUUUUAUCCAUCUAUUCAAUAUAGAAAAUCAAUACCAAUUAUUACACUACCAAAAAUAUGUCUGCCUGGUACAUACAAAAACCAAAGUGGAGUCCAUGAUUGUGUUCUUUGUCCAACAGGUACAAGAAAUCCAGGUAAUUCUAGUACCCAAUGUAUUUUAUGUUCAUCUGAGUCAUUUUGUCCACUUGGUUCAGUAGUGGAUGUAUCUAAAUCUACAUUAAAAACAGUUUUUCAAGCUGUUCCAUAUCCACAGUCACCAGAAGGUACAAUGUUCGAUGGCAUUCUUCUGUAUAAUAUGUUUAAUAUAGGUCCUGACCGUUGUAUUCUUGUAUCACCUUUAUUUUGGGCAUUAAUUGUAGGAAGUAUAAUUGUUCUUAUCAUCAUUAUUAUGAAGAUAUUAAAAUCAUGUAGAAAAGAUCCACAAAGUGAAAAAGGAGCACUAUCACGUGUAUUUAGAUUUAUGAGCUCGAUUGAUGAAGGAAAAUUCUGGGUUAGUUGCAUAGCAUCAUUUUCUAUUAUAGUUUUGAUUAGUUUCGCAUAUGCAUUUAGCGAUAGAUACUUGAAACAAUAUCCAAUCGAAAAAAGCUCAGAUUCAUAUUUUGCAUGUGAUUUAUCAAUAAGAAAUGCAAAAUUUGAAACAAAUCUACAAUCGUUAGCAAUACCAUUGACACAUGCAGAACAAAAAAUGUUUGAUCUAUUAGAUUAUCAGAACCUUACUUUGAGAAUUGAUUUUGUAAAUACAUUGAUCUCUUGUGAUGCCAUAUCAAUUCAAGCUCUAUAUGGACAAAAAUGGUCGACUAUUCGUUAUUUAGAUUGUAUCGAGUCAACUUCCAUGCUAACUAUACUCAUUGCACUUCCUUAUGAACAUAUAUCUGUACAGAUUUCUGCAGAAGAUCCAAAAACAAUUGGUGGAUUAGGUAUUGGUCUUUCUGGGCAUGGACAUAAAAGCGAAAGAUAUACGUUAGAAGAGUUACAUUUUUAUCAAUCAUUUUCAAAAGACGGACAAAUGUUAGCACAAGAUUUGAUUGUUAAUCUUGCAUUGACCAAAAUGAUUAACGAAACAAAGCCAAUGGGUGGUGAAGAAUCUCAAUUCGAUGGUAUUUUCAUUCCAACAUUUACAGUUGAUAUGAAUAGUUUAUUUGUAUCAAAUGAUCAAUAUGUUCGUUCUUCAUCAACACUGACAACAUUAACAAUUGUCAUAACUGAAACUCCUUAUUAUGUGAAAAACGUACAACAACCAAUAGUUAGACAAGCAGAAAUUAUAUUUCGUAGUUUAUUAUUUACAAUCGUUUGUCUUAAAAUAUUUAAUUUAUCGACUUUAUUAUAUACAGGACUUGAUAAUUUACUUAAGUCAAUACGUCGAAGGUGUGAAAAAAGAAUAUCUAAGAAAAAAGGAACAAAUGAUGAUCCGAAGUGUACAAGGGACUUAUCUAAAAUUGAUGAAAUUAAUAAUAAUUUUGGUUCAUUCACUCUCUAA